AUGCUAAAGGCCAAGGACCUCGGUCCGAGGGUGGAGUAUUGUUGUGGGGAGUGCUUGGAGCAUGAAGCCUCCGGCAAAUGGGCAGCUUGGAGGACUUGUGAUGCAUCGAGGUUCAAGAAAUCUGAUCUGACCGAUCAUGAGAAGACCAUCCAGAAUGGCAAGCAUAAGUUCAAGCAGCUCCCUGUACACGUAGCCUUCAAGCAGAUCAUUGCGAAAAAUGCGGCUACUGAGGCUAGUCGCAUGGCCGAAGAACUCCUCCUUGUUAAUCCCUUGGCCGACCCAGCACUCACUUUGGCUAUUGAAGAGGUCGCGAUCCUCAAAUCCGAAGCUUUCUUACAAUGGGCUGAGAAACAUGUGCUCAAGGUCACCAAGCACUGGCGCUCUGUUAAUUAUGAUAUUAAGGUCUGGCUUAAUUGCCAUAAAUUUGACAUAAUAGUAGACGAAUCAACCGAUAUCUCGGUCACCAAACAAAUCAUUCUCUACAUGAAAUCGAGAGGUCAGGCACGAUAUGUCGGUCUCCGAGAUAUGCACGGUGAUGGAUCAGGUGGAGCUAUAAAGAAUGCUGCUGUGGGCUUGCUAGAAUCUUUGCAGUUGCCGAAGGAGGAUCUUCUCUCGGUCACAUCGGAUGGGGCAUCAGCUAUAGUGGGAGCUAAGUCUGGUGCGGGUGUCUUCCUGGAAAACUGGUGCGGAGGCCCUUUGAAAAAAGAGCAGUGUAUAGCGCAUAGGGUAAACCUCGCCACGGGCGACGUAUUCGACGCCAAGACCUGUACAGAUGGUGACGUCCUACGUGUAGCAGCAGACGUGGAAGCUUGCAUCAACUUCAAAUCGCGAGGAGCUGAUUAA